CUAAAUGAAAACAGAGACGUACCUAAUUUUGUGACUAAUGAGAUCUAUAUCAGGAAUAUUCAAUCCACAUUUAUAUUUUUUAUUUUAUUCUUCAUAUAGUUUUCUUCGCCACCCUCCUUCUCAAGAACACCAAGCCGCCCUCUCUCUCUCUCGGUGAACUCUCAAAAUUUAUAAAAAAAAUGGAGAUAACGAACGUGAUGGAAUACGAGAAGAUCGCAAAGGAGAAACUACCAAAGAUGGUUUAUGAUUACUACGCAUCUGGUGCAGAGGAUCAGUGGACUCUUCAGGAGAAUCGUAACGCCUUCUCCAGGAUUCUGUUUAGGCCUCGGAUUCUGAUCGAUGUAAGCAAGAUUGAUGUGAGCACAACUGUUUUAGGGUUUAACAUAUCUAUGCCGAUCAUGGUUGCUCCCACUGCUAUGCAGAAAAUGGCUCACCCUGAUGGCGAGCUAGCAACUGCUAGAGCUACUUCUGCUGCUGGAACAAUCAUGACAUUAUCGUCAUGGGCUACGUGUAGUGUUGAGGAAGUUGCUUCCACAGGACCUGGGAUUCGCUUUUUCCAACUCUAUGUCUAUAAGGAUAGAAACGUGGUUAGGCAGCUUGUGAAACGAGCUGAAGAAGCUGGUUUCAAAGCGAUUGCUCUUACCGUUGAUACCCCUAGGCUUGGACGCAGAGAAUCCGACAUCAAAAACAGAUUUGCGCUUCCUAGAGGUCUGACCUUGAAGAAUUUUGAAGGGUUGGAUCUUGGGAAAAUAGACAAGACCAAUGACUCAGGGCUAGCUUCAUAUGUUGCGGGUCAAGUUGAUCAAUCACUUAGCUGGAAGGAUAUAAAGUGGCUUCAGUCUAUCACAAGCUUGCCAAUUCUUGUCAAGGGUGUUAUUACAGCUGAGGAUGCAAGAAUCGCGGUUGAGUAUGGAGCUGCAGGGAUCAUUGUUUCUAACCAUGGAGCUCGUCAGCUUGAUUAUGUCCCUGCAACUAUAAUGGCUCUUGAAGAGGUGGUUAAAGCGGUGGAGGGUCGGUUACCGGUGUUUCUUGACGGUGGAGUUCGCCGUGGAACAGAUGUAUUUAAAGCAUUGGCUCUUGGAGCUUCAGGUGUCUUUGUUGGAAGGCCGAGCUUGUUCUCGCUAGCAGCGGACGGAGAGGCGGGAGUGAGGAAGAUGCUGCAAAUGCUAAGAGACGAGUUUGAGCUGACAAUGGCACUUAGUGGCUGCCGUUCCCUGAGAGAGAUCAGUCGGAACCACAUCAAGACCGAUUGGGACUUUCCUCAUUACCUCCCGGCCAAGCUAUAAGGGGAAUCUUAUUCACAAAGACAAUGAAAAGAGAGAUGGUUGUUUGAGUUUAUGACCCAAUAAUGUGUUUCCACAUCCAACUUUUAUAAUCGAAAACUUACAUUUGAGUGAAGAAAAAAAAAUACAUAUAAGAAGUCAGACUGAAUUCUUUUUGAUUCUCAUUAUUCAGUAGCAUACUCAAAGCAGAGCUAGUUGAUUC